CCAGAGGUGCCGAGGCUUUUAAAAGCAGCUGGGCUCUAAUCCUCACCUUCAGACGGAUGCGCUGCUGAGGUUGUAGAAAAUGCUUUCUCUUGUGCUCUGGAGUGCUGCCCUUCUUGCCUGCACGCUGACCUCUGGUGCUGCCCAGUUGGCAAGCUGCCGUGGACGAUGUGGAGACGGAUAUUACAGAGGAAGCAUCUGCCAGUGUGACUACAACUGCCUCAGAUAUGGAGAAUGCUGCAAAGACUACGAGUCCCUAUGUACCAAAAAAAACUCUUGCAAUGGCCGAUGCGGAGAAAGUUUUCAGAGAGGUCGCAAGUGUAGCUGCGACACAGAGUGUAUGAAAUACAAGCAGUGCUGUCCAGACUACAAUGGCUACUGUGACAAAGAGGAUGGCCCAGUUGAUCCGACCUCAUAUCCACAAGAUGAUCCAGCAGCAGCAAACAAAGUCCCAGUCUUCCCUGAAGGCACCAGUGGAUCCCCUCCAAAUGAGUGGGAUCUUACGACUGAACCCCACACAACAGAGAGCACCCUUGAACCUACUGAAACCAGCUCCUAUAUCUUGUACACAGAUGCCACAAGCACGAUUGCCAAGACAAGUAAUGCUGCACUGUUGCCCGAAACCACCUCCAUAGAGAUGACGUCAGAGCCACCGCCAAGCGCCACAACGGAAGACCAGACAACGCUGAAAAUGUCCACAGCACCUUCAGAGACAGACAAAGUCACGCAGAGCUCUUCAGAGUCAUCUACAGAACCCAGAACCACUUUAAUGACGCGCAUCCCAUAUGGAUCUUCCACCAGGACUUCUGAGCAAACGGAGAUCACAACUCGUUUGAUUUUAGCAACAACCAUCAUUCCUUCAACGACUCCUGCAGCCAUCACAGAUGAGACUGAAACAAAAGAACCCACCAAGGCCAAUUUGGAUAAACCUAUACCUGAACCUGAGAUGACCCCAGGAGAGUACCAAGCAGACGACAACAACGACACAAACCUGUGCAGUGGCCGCCCCAUCAGCGGAGUGACCACACUGAGGAAUGGGACCGUGGUGGUCUUCAGAGGACACCACUUCUGGUUCCUGGACCCAAACAGAGUUCCAGGACCCGCCCGGGAUAUCACCCAAGUCUGGGGAGUGCCGUCCCCCAUCGACACAGUCUUCACCCGCUGCAACUGCCAGGGAAAAACGUACAUCCUCAAGGGAGGCAAGUACUGGAGGUUUGAAAAUGACGCUUUGGACUCUGGAUACCCAAAAGUGGUUGAGACUGGCUUUGAUGGACUUCGGGGUCCGAUCACAGCUGCCCUGUCAGUUCCUCAACAUCGCAGUAGAAGAGAGGCUGUGUACUUCUUCAAGAGAGGAGGGACUGUGCAGAAAUACUCCUACCAGUUUGGUACCCAUCCAACAUGUGGGCAAAAAACCCACUUCACCAUUCACAAGGUUCACAACAGACGGGUUCGUCACACAGUUUCAGUUUUAGAGGGAGCCAUCAACAUCAGGACAAGCUGGAGAGGCUUCCCACCGACCGUCACUGCGGCAGUGUCCAUCCCAGACAAGCAAGAGAUGGAGGGGUACAAGUACUACGUCUUCUCCGGGUCAAAGUCCUACAAGGUCCGAAUGGAUGGUGGCCAUCCCGUCAUGGAAACCUCCAAACCUGCCAGUUUCAUCAAAUGCCCCAAUGUUGUUUGAUAAGACUAAAGCACUAAACUCUUGUUAUUGUUUGGAGUUUUAAUAUGUUCUUUAAAAACACUCAGCACACAUGAUACGCUCUAAUCAUAUUACAAUGGAAGUCAUAGUGAGAUGGAACGGGGAAGAAGUUCCCAGUCAGAGCUUCAUCUGGCCAACCUUCUGCCAUGAGGUCCACGGGAAGGAAACGCUUGACCUGUUGGGAGUGAAGAGCUUAUUUAAAGGAAAAUUACUACAAUAAUGUAGAAGUAUUAGAUAUUUUCUGUCAAGGUUUUUUUGUGCCUCUGUCAGUAUUCUACUUCAUUUUGUAAAGGCUUACAUUUUGAUUGCUUGUGACAAAAAGGUAUUAAUGUGCAUAUAUGGAAUUCUGUGCUGUUACACCUUGGCCCUCUUGUCAAAUAUACUAAAAGAAAGUAAGGCAUGCAAAUACACCCACAUUACACAGAGGGAUAAGUAGUGACGUAUUUGGGGUAACUGUGGAAUAAAGAAUGUUGUUCACAAAGUUGUAAGUGUAUGAAAUCUUAACA